AUGAACUAUAACUAUUCAAAAAAUUCUGCUGCAAUUUUAGAAAAGAGUUUAACAAAAUUACGUGGAGAUGUUAAUAUAGCUUCUUUUGCUUAUCUAUUCGUUGAAUUGGUCAAAUAUUCAAUGCGUAAUGUAUCCAGUAUGGAUCUUGUUCAAAAACGACUUUCAGAUUUCGGUAAAGCUGUUGGUGAACGUAUGAUUGAUGUUGUUUAUACACGAGAAAAACCACAGAAACGUGAUAUACGCUUAUAUAAUGCAUUAAUUUUUUUAAAAAGCAAUUUUUGGAAAAGUCUUUUUGGUAAAGAAGCUGAUGAAUUGGAACGAGAUGGUGUAGAUGAAAAUAUCUUUUAUAUGAUUGAACAUGAACCAAUUGUUAAUCGAUUUACACGAUUCACUUAUGAAGAUAAGGAUGAAAAACGUAAAACAUCUACACCGCUUAAUGUUGCAGCUUUCAGUGCUGGAGUUGUAGAAGCUUUCCUAACAAAUAUUGGUUUUCCGUGUACAGUCUCUGCAACCUGGUACAAAGGAACAGCGUAUGUAAUAAAAUUCGAGGAAUCGGUAAACAUCCGUGAAAGGCAGUUAGAUAGUCGAUAA